GGUAGGAUGGGGACACGGUAAUCUCUCAGCAGACAUGGUUUGAAUGGUAUGUUGUGGUGGGCCAGAAAUACGGAUAAAACCAAUUCCAGAAACUCAGCCUGGGGAGUCAAGAGGCAUGAUUCCACUUUUACAGGUCAUUGUUCUCUUGCCAGGGUGACCAUUUCUCUCCACACCCAGGAUGACUUCCAACGGAGAAGCAGUUAACCUUGACACAGAAACAUAACGCUAAUGCUGUUAGUUGUGCUCGGCUGUGCUGGAAGACAGUUACUGUGGCCAAAUCCCCUUCAGUAGAGGUGCCACACUGGCUUUGGCUUUGAAGUAUUUUAUGUACCCCAGCUGCCAUCAACAUCGUCAUGGCGGGUAUUUUUCAAAGACUUAGGUCCCUUUUCCAUCGCUACCCAUUGGCAUCGAAUAUGGUCAUCUGUGGCUCCCUAUAUGGAUCAGGGGACAUUAGUCAGCAGAAGUUGAGGGGCAAACAACUGGACUGGAAAAAUACUGGCCGAAUUGCUUUUAUAGCUUUCACAAUGUUUGGUCCAAUAUACUUCCAUUGGUACCGGGUUCUUGAUCGGAUUGUUAAAGGAAAAGGCACCAGUUCAGUAGUCUCCAAGGUUCUGCUGGACCAGUUUGUUAUGGGCCCACCUUGCAUAGGGAUAUUUUAUGUUGGAACAAGCAUCCUGGAAGGUAAAGAAGAUGUUCUAGCUGAGUUUAAGAGCAAAGGAAUGAAGACUUUUGUGGCGGAAAGUGGGUUUUGGUUGCCUUUCCAGUCUGUGAACUUCCUGUUCUUGCCCACUCAUCUGCGCACAGCGUUUGUGUCAAUGGGUGCCUUUGCUUGGUCCAAUGUCCUCUGCUAUAUUAAAGCGGGGAGGUAUCAUCAGGGAUAAAAAAAACAGGAUGGUCACACAUUGGAGGAUGCUUUUCAGUAAUACAAAAAGAUGUAGCUGAGAGCGUUUCAGCACUAUGGCUGUCUGAUCUCUUGUUGGCAGGUGCCCGGAUGUCCUACCUCGUUCAAAAUAGGACAUUCCUCAUUUGAGACAAUGUGAUUGGCUCGUGCUUUAGCCAGUUAUACGUGAUUUAACAAGUGCCUAAGUUGUCAGCUGUUGGGAUUGACAGCAUGUGCAAUUCACAUUGGAAAUCUAAUCUGUAGCAACCACAAAACUGAUAUAAAAUGAACCAGGAUCUCAGAAAACUGUGAAUCAGGGAGAUGCAGUGGAAUGAAUCGGAUGAUGUUGAAAGCCAACAAGAAUAUUAAAUUUUUGAGGGGUGCUACAUGCAGUUUUAGUUAAAAAUUAAACUUCAGGUAAAUGUUUGUAGAACAAAUAUUAUGGCAUGCUUUGAGAUAAUAUGUUUUCCUGUUGAUUAUGCAUGUCAUUUAAUUUUUUUUUUCAAAAUCUGUCUUACACCACUUGACAUUAACUGAAACAGAAAGAAAACAAUAGUAAAUGUCAACUGUAGAGUUGCUAGAAUAAGGGGGAUAACUAUGUCAGCUUAAGCAGGAAUGACAAAACCAAGCAUUUUAUUGAUUAUGUUUGUUUAUACAUUGUACUCUCUGGUACCGAGGACAUGGAAGAAUUCACCAGUGGUUAUGAUACAUGAAUUUUAGUGUGUGCAAGAUUGCUGGAAAUGGUACCCUGUAUGCAAUAUGAGUUGUGGGUAAAAGGUAAAGAAAAUUCAAAGCUGUGUAACGUUUAAAUCACAAGCUACCCCUCCUAUUGUAAAUCAUACACCUGGUUACAACUUAUCAAGCACAUAUUAAGCUACUUGUAUAUGCAAUAUCUCAUGGUAUUUUAAUGAAGAGUUGUCCAAAGUUCUAUAAAAUGAAAUGAAAUGGGGUAAUAGGUGAGGUAAAAUUGAAUACAUGAUGUUAUAUGACUUAUUAUAUGAAUACAUGACUUAUUUAUCUCUUGUGAUGCAUUAUAACUUGAAGAGUUGUACUAGAACAGGAAAAUUGGGAACAGGAAAAAGCAGAAACAGGAAAAAACGGGAACAGGAAAAAGGCUCAAUAGUAAAAUGUAAUAGUAACUGCAGAUGUAGGAAAUUUAAAACAUUGGCUGUCCAAGUAAAAGACUUGAAAUUAAUACAUUUUGCUACAAAACUUGACGAUAAUUGAUCUUGUAGCAUGACUGCAGUACUGCUAAGUAGCAUUCCCGCAGAAUUUGAUUUGUUCAAUUGAAGUCUGGAUAGAAUAUCUCAGAGCUGGCAUUCUCGUUGCUGGGAUGAAGGGUCUAUGGAUUGGUGGAUGAGGAUAAGACAGAUUACCAACCAGUUGUGCCGCUACAUGCUACUUUGUCCAACCAGGUGUUACUGUACAUGCUACUUUGUCCAACCAGGUGUGCCGGUACAUGCUACUUUGUCCAAACAGGUGUGCCGCUACAUGCUACUUUGUCUUUCCAGUUACGCUGUGCAUUUUACUACACUGCAUUUGCCUUUCCAAACAUUGUGGCUUUAAUGUCAUUUAAUGAAUGUUAUGUCAGCCUGCCAGUUUGCCACAUGAAGGCACAACUCAUACACAUAAAUUUCAUAAGAUGUUUGGGAUAGUAUUAGUCAGUUUGCAUUUGAUACCUUAAUUAUGAACAUGUAUAACAACUAAUGAAAGUUGAUAUGUUGAAAAUACCUCUGCAGACCAACAACCAGUUUUGUUUUCAUGUUCUUUUGGCAGCUUGCCAUCAGCUCAGUCAUUUUUUUUUUUAAUGUUUGUUUUGAUUUGUUUGUUUUACUUGUAUUACUCAUUGUUUAUUGUCACGAACAGUGUUUCUACUUCAGUAAAUACCGUCUUGGAUCUAAGACGUGUACUAGGAACAGAAUGUUUUGCAGAAGAUAGCAUUUGAGCUGGUGCAAAUAUUGUAAAUUGAAUUUUGUAAGGGAUGUGGAAUCAUUACCAUAUACAUAUAAACACGUGAAUAUAAAGGUAUGCUUGU